AGGGGCGUCAAGAUGGCGGCGGGGAGGUAGGCAGAGCCGGACGCCGCUGCUGCCGCCGCCGCCGCCGCUGCCGCCGCCGCUACCACCACCUCCGCUGCCGCCUCCGUCGCCGCCUCCGCACCGGUCGCUUCUGGCUUCUCAAGCCCUCGCCGCCCGGGAGGAGCUGUCCUGGCAUCGUGUCCCGCGGGGAAAAUGGUGGAGCCAGGGCAAGAUUUACUGCUUGCUGCUUUGAGUGAGAGUGGGAUAAGUCCGAAUGACCUCUUUGAUAUCGAUGGUGGAGAUGCAGGGAUUGCAACUCCAACACCUACCGUGCCAGUGCAGCAGUCGGUGCCAUUUAGUCCAUUAGAGCUAGGUUUGGAGACAGAAGCAGCAGUUCCUGUUAAACAAGAGCCAGAGACUGUACCUACUCCCGCACUGUUAAAUGUGAGGCAGCAGCCUCCAUCUACUACGACGUUUGUGCUGAAUCAGAUAAAUCAGCUUCCAGCCUUAGGAUCUACAAUUGUAAUGACUAAAACACCACCUGUAACAACCAAUAGGCAAACCAUCACUUUAACAAAGUUUAUCCAGACUACUGCAAACACACGCCCUUCAAUCUCAGCACCAGUAGUCCGAAAUGCCAUGACCUCUGCACCUUCAAAAGACCAGGUUCAACUGAAGGAUCUAUUAAAAAAUAAUAGUCUUAAUGAACUAAUGAAAUUGAAACCACCUGCUAAUAUUGCUCAGCCAGUUGCAACAGCAGCUACUGAUGUAAGCAAUGGUGCAGUAAAGAAAGAAUCUUCCAAUAAAGAAGUAGCAAGAAUAUGGAUAAAUGACAUGAAAAUGAGGAGUUUUUCCCCAACAAUGAAAGUUCCUGUUAAAGAAGAUGAUGAGCCAGAGGAAGAAGAUGAAGAAGAAAUGGGUCAUGCAGAAACCUAUGCAGAGUACAUGCCAAUAAAAUUAAAAAUUGGCCUGCGUCACCCAGAUGCUGUAGUGGAAACUAGCUCUUUAUCCAGUGUCACUCCUCCUGAUGUUUGGUACAAAACAUCUAUUUCUGAAGAAACCAUUGAUAAUGGCUGGCUGUCUGCAUUACAGCUUGAGGCAAUUACAUAUGCAGCCCAGCAACAUGAAACAUUCCUGCCCAAUGGAGAUCGUGCUGGUUUCUUAAUAGGUGAUGGUGCUGGUGUAGGGAAAGGCAGGACGAUAGCAGGAAUCAUCUAUGAAAAUUACUUGUUGAGUAGGAAAAGAGCCCUGUGGUUUAGUGUUUCGAAUGACUUAAAAUAUGAUGCUGAAAGAGAUUUGAGGGAUAUUGGAGCAAAAAAUAUUUUGGUCCAUUCAUUAAAUAAGUUUAAAUAUGGAAAAAUUUCUUCGAAACAUAAUGGGAGUGUGAAAAAGGGUGUUAUUUUUGCUACCUAUUCUUCCCUUAUUGGUGAAAGCCAGUCUGGCGGAAAAUAUAAAACAAGAUUAAAACAACUUCUGCAUUGGUGUGGUGAUGACUUUGAUGGAGUUAUAGUAUUUGAUGAGUGUCACAAAGCAAAAAACUUAUGUCCUGUUGGUUCUUCAAAACCAACGAAGACAGGCUUGGCAGUUCUGGAGCUUCAGAACAAAUUGCCAAAGGCCAGAGUUGUCUAUGCUAGUGCCACUGGUGCGUCUGAACCUCGCAACAUGGCCUAUAUGAACCGUCUUGGAAUAUGGGGUGAAGGAACUCCGUUUAGAGAAUUCAGUGAUUUCAUUCAAGCAGUGGAACGCAGAGGUGUUGGUGCCAUGGAGAUAGUUGCUAUGGACAUGAAACUUAGAGGGAUGUACAUUGCACGACAGCUGAGCUUUACUGGAGUGACCUUCAAAAUUGAGGAAGUUCUUCUUUCACAGAGCUAUGUUAAAAUGUAUAACAAAGCAGUCAAGCUGUGGGUCAUUGCAAGAGAGCGAUUUCAGCAAGCUGCAGAUCUGAUGGAUGCUGAACAGCGGAUGAAGAAGUCUAUGUGGGGUCAAUUCUGGUCUGCUCACCAGAGGUUUUUCAAGUACUUGUGCAUAGCAUCCAAAGUUAAAAGGGUUGUACAACUUGCCCGGGAAGAAAUCAAGAAUGGAAAAUGUGUUGUAAUUGGUCUGCAGUCUACAGGAGAAGCUAGAACUUUAGAAGCCUUGGAAGAGGGUGGAGGAGAACUAAAUGAUUUUGUUUCAACUGCCAAAGGAGUGCUUCAGUCACUCAUUGAAAAACAUUUCCCUGCUCCAGACAGGAAAAAACUAUAUAGUUUGCUAGGAAUUGAUCUGUCAGCUCCAAGCAACAACAGCUCACCAAGAGAUAGUCCUUGUAAAGAAAAUAAGAUAAAGAAGCGGAAAGGUGAAGAAAUAACUCGAGAAGCCAAAAAAGCACGAAAAGUGGGCGGCCUUGCUGGUAGCAGUUCUGAUGAUAGUGGAAGUGAUUCUGACGCCUCUGACAAUGAAGAAAGCGACUAUGAGAGCUCUAAAAACAUGAGCUCUGGGGAUGAUGAUGAUUUCAACCCGUUUAGAGACGAGUCUAGUGAAGAUGAUGAAGAUGAUCCCUGGUUAAUCAGAAAAGACCACAAAAAAAGCAAAGAUAAAAAAAAGAAGAAAAGUAUAGAUCCAGAUUCUAUUCAAAGUGCCUUAUUAGCUUCAGGUCUUGGAUCCAAACGACCUAGUUUUUCUUCUACACCAGUUAUCUCAGCUGCUCCUAACAGUGCACCAGCUAACAGUAACACCAACAGUACCAAUAGCCUUAUAACAAGUCAGGAUGCUGUGGAAAGAGCCCAACAGAUGAAGAAAGACCUGCUUGAUAAACUAGAAAAAUUAGCUGAAGACCUCCCUCCUAAUACUCUGGAUGAACUUAUUGAUGAACUGGGUGGCCCUGAGAAUGUUGCUGAGAUGACUGGACGCAAAGGGCGAGUAGUGAGCAAUGAUGAUGGAAGCAUUUCUUAUGAGUCACGAUCUGAACUUGAUGUGCCUGUUGAAAUACUAAACAUCACGGAAAAACAGAGAUUUAUGGAUGGAGAUAAGAAUAUUGCUAUCAUCUCAGAAGCUGCCAGCUCAGGUAUCUCAUUGCAAGCAGAUCGGAGAGCUAAAAAUCAAAGACGAAGAGUUCAUAUGACUUUGGAGUUACCGUGGAGUGCUGAUAGAGCGAUCCAACAAUUCGGAAGAACUCAUAGAUCAAAUCAAGUUACUGCACCCGAGUAUGUCUUUCUGAUUUCUGAAUUGGCAGGAGAACAAAGAUUUGCAUCUAUUGUUGCUAAAAGACUUGAGAGUUUGGGGGCGCUUACGCAUGGUGAUAGAAGAGCUACAGAAUCUAGAGACCUGAGCAGAUUCAACUUUGAUAAUAAGUAUGGAAGAAAUGCUUUAGAAAUCGUCAUGAAAUCCAUUGUCAACCUGGAUUCUCCUAUGGUGUCACCACCUCCAGACUAUCCUGGAGAGUUCUUUAAAGAUGUUCGACAAGGACUGAUAGGAGUGGGAUUGAUCAAUGUAGAAGAUCGCUCAGGAAUCCUUACUCUUGAUAAAGAUUAUAACAAUAUAGGAAAAUUCUUAAAUAGAAUUCUGGGCAUGGAGGUACAUCAGCAGAACGCCUUGUUCCAGUACUUUGCAGACACACUCACUGCAGUUGUUCAAAAUGCCAAAAAAAAUGGAAGAUACGAUAUGGGAAUACUAGAUCUUGGUUCAGGGGAUGAAAAGGUGAGGAAAAGUGAUGUGAAGAAAUUUCUAACUCCAGGGUACUCAACUUCUGGCCAUGUAGAAUUAUACACAAUUAGUGUGGAGAGGGGCAUGUCCUGGGAGGAAGCAACCAGGAUUUGGGCUGACCUGACAGGACCAGAUGACGGCUUUUACUUGUCAUUGCAAAUAAGGAACAACAAGAAGACUGCCAUCUUAGUUAAAGAAGUGAAUCCUAAAAAGAAACUCUUCUUAGUUUAUCGGCCAAAUACUGGGAAACAACUGAAAUUAGAAAUCUUUUCUGAUCUAAGAAAAAAGUAUAAGAAGGUGGUUUCAGAGGACGCGCUGGUGCACUGGUUGGAUCAGUAUAAUUCAUCUGCAGAUACGUGUACACAUGCUUACUGGCGCGGCAAUUGCAAAAAAGCAAGCUUGGGAUUGGUGUGUGAAAUAGGUCUUCGUUGCCGCACAUACUAUGUGUUGUGUGGCUCGGUGUUGAGUGUCUGGACUAAAGUGGAGGGUGUUCUUGCGUCUGUCAGCGGCACAAAUGUGAAAAUGCAGAUAGUUCGGCUAAGAACAGAAGAUGGGCAGAGAAUUGUAGGUUUGAUCAUUCCGGCAAAUUGUGUGUCUCCUCUUGUAAAUCUCCUGUCGACUUCAGACCAGUCCCAGCAGCUCGCGGUGCAGCAGAAGCAGCUGUGGCAGCAACACCACCCGCAGAGCAUCGCCAACCUGAGCAACGCCUAGAGAACACAGCUUUCGGAGAUGCAAAAAAAUCAGGGACAGUUUCCAAAGAAUUAUAUAUUUUUUUCAGUUGUGCUCUCUCUAGUUAAUUUUGGGGGAGGAAGGGCAAACCUGGAAUAGAAAACCCGGAAGUCAGCGCCGCAGUGGUACACACAUCUUUCCUUUGUUUCCCUUUGGGCCUUCCUUCUGCUCCUGGUUGUGGCAAGCAGAGGGAGGUGGGUGCAUGUGUGUGUGUGUGUGUGUGUGUGUGUGUGCGCACUGUGCACACGUGUGUAUGUGAGUGUGUGUCUGUCUGUCUGAAUUUGUUAAAGGUUACAAACAACAGUUGGUUUAAUAAUGCUUGGAAUUUCCCAAACUGGCUUUACUUUCUGUUCUUCAGUGCUCAGGGUUACGCAGCGCACCCACGCCCUGCGCGCGGGGUGUUCCCAAUGCAUGUGUUUUCAGUCUAAAUAGAGAAAAUAUAUAUUGGUUUCUUUUUCAGACUUAAACAAUAGGUUUACUAAAGCAUGAGAUGAGAGGUUGCAUAUCAUGCCUUCAGGUUCUUUUGUAGUUUUUGUUUCGACAGUGCAUGUCCUUGAGAGCAUGCGUAAACAAGAUUAACACAGAAGUCAAUAUGGGAAAGAAAAUCUCGUAGCUGUACAGCAUUGGUUAUUGCAUUUUGUAGUGUUUAUACCUGGGUAUUGCUUCGAACCCACUCCCCUGCUCCAGGUUUCUUGUCAAAGUAAUGAGUACAAGCCCUUCUUUUGUGUGAUAAUACUCUUAAAGUUAAUUUCAUUGUAUUAAUAGUAUUCCUAAUGUGUGCUGAAAAGAUAAGCCUUUUUUUCUUAACAUUACAUUUUCCUUAACUUAAAGAUAGUUUAGAAAGCAGUACCCUUGGCUUCCAUCUUGCAAACAGUCUUUUUUUUUACUUCAUUAUCUGACUGCUUUGUCACUCAAAGAGGAAAUAGUACUUGAGUUGUAAACUAGACAAUGAGGAAACACUUGAGGCUUCUGCUGUAUGUUUUUUUUGUUGUUAAUUAUUGUUAUUGUUGUUACUCAGUAACUUGAAUAUUCUUUAAUGUGUGUAAGACAUUGUAGAGUUUAUUCCAAACUGUUAAAAAUGGUAAUGUACAAAUGUGAAUAGACAUUAUCUAUAACGUUGGUAAGUUUGUUUCACCUAUAUAGAUGUUUAUAAAAACAAGUGAGGGGACAACUGGUCUUUUUGUUCCUCCUCCUCCCUUCCCUCCUCCCCUCUUUCUCUCUCUCUCUCUCUCUCUCUCUCUCUCUCUCUCUCUCUCUCUCUCUGCUUGCACAGGUUGCACUAUUAAAUUGAGAUUGUAUAGACCUGGUCAAAAGCUGCAAGAUAUUAAAAUCUUGUAGAUGUUAAAUAAAGAAGUUGUUAUACUAAUGCGGUGGACUCUUGUUUAGGCCCUCACAGGGACUUUCACAAGCAGUCUUUUGGGGCCUCUUGGAACUUAGAAUAUGGAGGCAGCCUUUUAGUUGGUUAUUAGCCCGUCCUCCUAAAGCAUGAGCAAGGGAUAGACCGAUAGGAAACUUGACAUUGGAUCGAUCAAGUUAGCUGUGUGUCAAGGAUGGCUAGCUUAGAACCUGUUGAAAAGUUGGAGGCUUUCAAUCUCUUGGGUUUCAGUUUGGUUGUGUUUACUCUUAAGUUUUCUUUGGAUUUAUUUAUUCUUAGUGCUUAAAAGAACAAAUGGAGCAUAAUUUCUGUUCCUGGGCACAUUUUGCCCGGUGGCUGCAACUUUUAUCCUCAGUGUAGUCCUUGUAUAUAUCUCAGGCAGUGACCACAUGAAUAUGGAGCAGGGUCUCUAAACCCCACGAGUAGCUGUGUACGCCCUGCUUGCACUGGUUCCAGUUCUGCUUUGAAACUGGUAGCCCAGUAGCACGCUCCAGCACGAUCAGUGAAAAGCUAGGGACAAUACUCGUCUGUGUGCACAGGACGUCUGUUUUGACAGGUCUUGAUGUCUGUGGUGUUUUCCUAUUGGCAUCAGCAAGAUUCACAGAGUAAUGCUUGUCUUGAAAUAGCCAUCUUCAUGUGCAAGUAUGUUCUGGUCUUUAGAGAGAAACUUUAUCAUUUUCUUUAAAAGUCAGAAAUAUUGAGCAUCUGAUAGUCCCAUGGUGCAGACUUGUACAGGGCAAGGCGCUGAGGUGUCAUAUUCCUGCCCCCAGGGAAAACACCUGGUACCUGCCCACACUGCCCUGAAAACGCCUGCAGGGCUGGGUUCAGCAGGGAAGCAGCAGCACUCAAGAGCCCAUCCCAUCAUAAAUCAAGUUCACAAUAGUGAACAUGCACACCAGGUCCUUUUAGGGGAUCUGAUGCCCUCGGAGGCCUUGUUCAGCCCAGCAUGUGUCUGUUGGUCUCAGUCAUGCCUUUUCUCACCGUUAGCAAUAUGUCUCUGAGCAGGCAGCUUAGCCUGCAAAUGACAUUGUUGGAGAGUUUACAUGUCCAUUGUGCUGACCCUCCUCCCCCAUUCCGGGGCUGCCAUGCUGCCACCGGAAACCUUGCCCCUUUCCUUUGGCAACCUCCGUGCCACAGGGUCUACCUGCAGUUUACUGGGUCACCCAGAUAAGCUGUCCUUGAUACUAAUUUAGGAAAGCAUUAAGAGGGUAUUCUUUAGACAAGAAUUCUUUGAUCAAGUAAAUGUGUUAAACAACUUUGUUUUUGCUACUAAAUAGCAGAUACACUUUUCAGUAUCUUUUUAAAGUGUGCAUAUAAAUUAGCAAGAACCUGCAUCCAAAGCACUGUGGUUUUGUGUGAGUGUGUGUGUAUGUGUGUGUGUGCAUGCAUGUGUGUGUGCAUAUUUAUUCUUAGCACUUCAGAGACUUGUUUGAGUUAUAGCAGUAAACCUUUUUGUUUUAGUCUGCUGUGUCUGUGGAGGUUGUCUGUAGCCCGAAUCAUUCAUUCCAUACAAAACUAUGGGAACAACUUGAGGCAGACCAGAGAAGAAGGGGUCCCAGAGCGUUGUGUACAUUUGAGCUAGAGGUACAAGGAAGCAGGUCAGCAAUGAUUGAUGAGAAUAGGAGUCAUUUCUUAGUAAGAUUAGGAGACUGGGCCUUGCCCAGCUUUCAGAAAGGGGCCAAGCAGUAUGUGGUACAAAGUCAGGGAGGAUGCUGUUAGGGUUAGGAUGAGCUGUAUUCACUGGGGUCCUGGUGCUAAGUGUUGGGAUAGCUCCGCUGUGAUGGUGGGCACUGCCAGGUCUGGUCUUCCUGGCAAGCACCACCGCCAUGCCCCUGAGACAGCAUUCCUUGUCACCACUCCAGCCAAAAGCAUGUCUAUGUGCUGGAAAAUUCCUCUCUCAAGACCAGUUGUCUAAUGCAUGCAGUGUCUUUUCAGUGACUGGAGCAGAUACCUGCAGCUCAUGUUGGGGAGUGUCUUUUCUGAGUUGGCAAAACCCAGAACGCACCCUUUCAUUGUGUUCUGUACUAAUAUAUGUACAUAAAUGUAUAUAUAGAGAAAUAGUUCUUUUGAAUUCUGAUUGUAAAUAUUUCUUGUAAAUUGGGAUCCUACCCAUUUGUUUUCCCCUUUUCCCUAUUCCUAUUUAUUCUCUUGGUUUCCCAAGUGAGCAUCUUGCUGCCCCUCCCCCAUCCUAAGUUAAAAAUCUAAGAAAGUAUGAAAAACAUCUGAGUUGAAUUUGUUUCUGUGUUUUAGAAUUUGUUUUGCAUCUUUGCCGUAGAAUUCCUGUCUUGCUUUGUUCAUAUUUUCAACAUACCUAAUGGUCUGUGUUCUGUGUUUUCAUGACUUUAUUGUGUGCAAUGCGCUGUGUUGGGAUUGCACUUGAGCCGUUUCUCAUACUGUGUCUGAUGACCGUUGACGCUCACUCAUGUCUCUGGAAAUGGUAGCAAGCCUGGUGUUUUCAAAAUGCUACCCAGGCAUACUUCCUUUAAGUUCUUCUCCAUUCUUCAGUGUACUUGGGAUCAAACCUAGCCCUUUGGGAAGUGAGACUUAGUCCCACCCUGCAGUUGAGGCCCUCACCCCUCAGGUGCCUGGCAGGAACUGUCAGGUACUUGAAACUGCUCCCCCCACCUGCCCCCCCCCCCGCCUGCUCUGCUGAUGCUGCUUGUAAAUCACUAAUGUUUAUUUACAAAUUGAGCCUGCAUUUUGAUCCCCAAGUAACACUCAGAAUUGAUUCUUCCAUCACCUUGGGCCAUGUGCUUUGGCAAGCGGGAGACCCAUAUGUUAGAUGAUCAGUAGGUCACCUUGGGAAUGUGCUUUGGAAACAGUUGUCUUCCAGAGGACCCCUCCACCUCACCCUUGCUCUGUAGGCUACCUCCCCCAUCCACACACAGCCUGGCUUUUGGUGCUCCUCCUGGGGGUUUCCAGAGCUGUGCUGGAGUAGAAAGCUCCCAGGCACUCUGAGGAAUUUGGAGGCCACCACCCAGAAGCACAUUCCAGAACAUGUUCCUCUGGAAAGAUUGCUGUGAGCAUUUCUUCAGCCUUUUCAAGUUUCCUUUGUGACCAUUCAACUUGCUAGAUAUGUUGAAACUUUAAAAGUUGUCCAGGGAAUUUAAUCUAUGGGGGCUCGGCCUCGUGGGCUGCCCUCGAGGGUGUCUGCCUGUGGUAGUCACCGUGCCUUUCAGCAGUCCAUCUGUUACAGUGGUGGGUUAGGAGCCUCUUGAUGUUUGCAGUUCAGCCUCCUCAGGGCAGAAAGCCAGGGUACUGGCCUCUUGGGGAGAACUUGCCUUGCUCAGACCCUGCUCUGCGGGCCUGUCCUGUCCUGCCCAGGCAGACCUUUGUGGCCAGAGGACGCCGAGACCUCGUGCAUGCUGGGGCAGUGAUUAUGGCACUGAAGAAGAUAAGCCUUCCCCCACCUCCCACGAGGGCCAGAGGGAGCAUCUUCCUUCGGAAGGCAUUGCCAGCUCACCACUAGCAGAACAAAGCAUCCUGUUCAUGGUUUAUAUUUUCAAACUACUGACCUGGUAUUUCCAUAACCACUUGUAUCUCCCAUCGGCCAUGAAAGGUGGGAAGAGCUACUCUGUAUCUGCAAUAAAACUUUUGCCAGGUUCUACCUCCUUGAGCAGAGGCUAUUUUGUAUGUAGGCAUAGACCCUCCUUUCCUAUUGGGACAUGGUGCGCCUGUUCUGAGACACCUGGUGGAAUCCAAAGACCAUUUGGAUCGACAUGGGAGUGAAUUCUGGAUGGCUGUGCUCUCCUCUCCGCACUGCUGCUCUGUUGAUGCUCCACGCUGCGCUGUCUGUGGGAAAGGUCUGCUCUGGCCUCCAUGCUCCAUGUCCUGGGCACAGCACCAAAUGGCCAGAAUCAAGUGUUCCUGCCCUUCAGAUCUGCAACCGUAACCAUCAGUCCCUGCAAUAAAAAUGUGCUGGCUGCAUGUAACAAGGUUUACUCUCCCAAGUAAAAGCGAUCAACCAUGAAGUGUAACAAAUUCUGUAUUUAGGUUUUUAUUGUGGGUUUUGUGGGGUUUAUUUUGUUUUUGUUUGGGUAUUUUCUUUUUUGUAAAAUUCCUAAAUAAAUUAAAGAAAAUAAACUUCUCUGUGUGU